AUGAGUAUCACUUUAGAAACUCUUAUCUGGUUCCAAGUCGAAGGUCGUGAUGUAAAUAAUGUCGCCACGUUUCCGGGGAGUACCUUUCUUGACCUUCGUAAAGCAAUUAAGGCAGAAUCAAAGCUGACCUAUAAUGCUUCGAGCCUCGUUCUCCGCGCGAAGAAGGAUGAUCCAGAUGUUUUCAAAAAAGACUGCCAAAGGAGCUUCUCCAAAUUGAUAGAUAUUGGUGUCGAUGAGGAUAAUCCAAUCAAACGCGACAGUUUAUCAGUUUCUUUAACUCGUAAUGAUGUAAUUUACAGAUCGUCUGACAACAAAAUGUUGGAUCAACAAAACCUCUUUGUCGAACUUGAACGCCUCUUUCAAAAUGAAACUGAAAAACAAUUGACUGAAAAGGAGGAGAACGAUGUGCUUUCCUAUUUCACUGUAAAUAAAGAACGACAUGCUGCUGCUGCGCUGUCAUCCCUUCAUAUCUUAUCAACGGAUGACCCUGGUACCGGAAAAUCUCGAAACGCUAAUGAAUUCACCAGACGGGACGGCAAUCGCAUAAUGGCACCAGCUUAUGAUCGGAUGAAUCCAACCCUUAUCUUGCUGUUGAUACUUCAACUUCUUAGAGAGAAAAUGAAGCUUCAUGAUAUCAUCGGAACAUACGAGCCACCAGAUCCGUUGAAUGUUGUACCUUGCAUUUUCGUGAUACCCGUUUGUACCUCAACAAUUGCUGGCCCAGUUGAGGAAGAUAGCCGGAUCCCGGUCUUUAAAAAUGAUGGGAUUGCUAGUACUCUUGUGGAAGACUGUGGAGGGCAUGGAAGAGUUCUAGAAGAUCUGAAUGAUUGCUUGGCCGGUCGUCUUAACCUUAGUGAAAAUUAUUGUGAUGCUAUUUUUGGUUCUGUGAGAGACGCCAGGCCCAUUGCAAUAUCUCAUGAGCAAGGAGAUCCAAUACUUCGAGAUUGGGAAUUCGUUGAUUACGGAGAGCAAAGAGCGCUUUUGAAUCCGGUGUCGUUAUUGCAAGCUAAGUCAUGGCAGAAACCACAACAACUUGAGAUUGCUAGACACCAAACAGACACAAAUCUAAAAAUCUCACUGCAAGCAAAUAGAAUAUCAGCCGGGUACCGAGAGUUCGAACGAAAUUCACCAAUACAAACUGACGGAAAAACUGAUCACUCAAAAGAUAUACCAACAAGAGCAUAA